UCUAAUAUUUCAGACAGGAGCCCCCUUUAGUGAGUCCUUCUUUUCCUGACUGCAGCUCUUUUCAUUUUGCCAUCCUUUUCUGGCUCCAUGAUGGUUCUGCAGGUUUCUGCAGCCCCCAGGACAGUGGGUCUGAUGGCGUUACUGAUGGUACUGCUUACAUCUGUGGUCCAGGGCAGGGCUACUCCAGAGAAUUACGUGUACCAGGGACGGAUGGAAUGCUACGCGUUUAACGGGACACAGCGCUACCUGGAGAGAUACAUCUACAACCGGGAGGAGUACGCGCGCUUCGACAGCGACGUGGGGGAGUUCCGGGCGGUGACGGAGCUGGGGCGGCCUGAUGCGGAAUACUGGAACAGCCAGAAGGACAUCCUGGAGGAGAAGCAGGCAGUGGCGGGCACGAGUUGCAGACACGACUACGAGCUGGACGAGGCCGUGACCCUGCAGCGCCGAGUCCAGCCGAGGGUGAACAUCGCCCCCUCCAAGAAGGGGCCCUUACAGCACCACAACCUGCUCGUCUGCCAUGUGACAGAUUUCUACCCAGGCAGCAUUCAAAUCCGAUGGUUCCUGAAUGGACAGGAGGAAACAGAUGGGGUCGUGUCCACCAACCUGAUCCGUAAUGGAGACUGGACCUUCCAGAUCCUGGUGAUGCUGGAAAUGACCCCCCAGCAGGGAGACGUCUACACCUGCCAAGUGGAGCACCCCAGCCUGGACAGUCCUGUCACCGUGGAGUGGAAGGCACAGUCUGAUUCUGCCCGGAGUAAGACGCUUACGGGAGCCGGGGGCUUCAUGCUGGGGCUCAUCACCUGUGGAGUGGGCAUCUUCAUGCACAGGAGGAGCAAGAAAGUUCAACGAGGAUCUGUAUAAACAGGGCUCCUGACCUCACCGAAAAGACUAAUGUGCCUUAGAACAAGCAUUUGCUGUUUCGUUAGCACCUGGUUCCAGGACAGACCUCCAGCUUCCCAAGAGGAUACUGCUGCCAAGAAGUUGCUCUGAAGUCAGUUUCUAUCGUUUUGCUCUUUGAUCCAAAGUACUGUUUCUCUCAUUGGGCCUCCAACCAUGUUCCCUUCCUCUUAGCACCACAAAUAAUCAAAAUCCAACAUGAGUGUUUGUUUUCCUUUAAAAAUAUGCACCAAAUCA